CAGGGUCCUAUUCUUUUUUUAAUUUCCAGCUUUUGCUUGGGCCGGAGGUCCCGGCUGGGCUCCGGCUGCGCGCGGGGGCGGGAGGGCGCGCGCAGGGGAGGGACUGAGGGACGCGCCGACUUUUUAGAGGGAGGGACUGGGUGGACAACUGGUCCCGCGGUGCUCGUAGAGCAGGAAAGAAGUGCAGUGCGAGGCACUCGGGCGGCACUGUUCCCGGGGUGUCGUCGCCUCCCGGUCCGUCCGCGGUCGCCGCCGAGGGGAAAGAGCCCGGGAGCGAAGACUAGAGCCCGAGGCGCGGCCGGCAGGGAGCGAGCGCGCAGCAGCCGGUGCGCGGCCGCGGCGAGGGCGGGGGAAGAAAAACACCCUGUUUCCUCUCGGGCCCCCACCGCGGAUCAUGUACCAGGAUUAUCCCGGGAACUUUGACACCUCUUCCCGUGGCAGCAGCGGUUCUCCUGCGCACGCCGAGUCCUACUCCAGCGGCGGCGGCGGCCAGCAGAAAUUCCGGGUAGAUAUGCCUGGCUCAGGCAGCGCCUUCAUCCCCACCAUUAACGCCAUCACGACCAGCCAGGACCUGCAGUGGAUGGUGCAGCCCACGGUGAUCACCUCUAUGUCCAACCCGUAUCCUCGCUCGCACCCCUACAGCCCCCUGCCAGGCCUGGCUUCUGUCCCUGGGCACAUGGCCCUCCCGAGACCUGGCGUGAUCAAGACCAUUGGCACCACCGUGGGCCGCAGGAGGAGAGAUGAACAGCUGUCCCCUGAAGAGGAGGAGAAGCGUCGAAUCCGGAGGGAGAGGAACAAGCUGGCUGCAGCUAAGUGCCGGAACCGCCGCCGAGAGCUGACAGAGAAGCUGCAGGCGGAGACGGAGGAGCUGGAGGAGGAGAAGUCGGGCCUGCAGAAAGAGAUUGCCGAGCUGCAGAAGGAGAAGGAAAAGCUGGAGUUCAUGCUGGUGGCCCAUGGGCCCGUGUGCAAGAUCAGCCCCGAAGAGCGUCGAUCGCCUCCGGCCUCCGGGCUGCAGCCCCUGCGCAGUGUAGCUGGCGGAGUAGGUGCCGUGGUAGUGAAACAGGAGCCCCUGGAAGAGGACAGCCCCUCGUCCUCAUCGGCGGGGCUGGACAAGGCCCAGCGCUCCGUCAUCAAGCCCAUCAGCAUCGCUGGGGGCUUCUACGGGGAGGAGCCCCUGCACACCCCCAUCGUGGUGACCUCCACGCCUGCCAUCACUCCGGGCACCUCGAACCUCGUCUUCACCUACCCCAGCGUCCUGGAGCAGGAGUCGCCCGCGUCGCCCUCCGAGUCGUGUUCCAAGGCUCACCGAAGAAGCAGUAGCAGUGGGGACCAGUCAUCAGACUCCUUGAACUCCCCCACUCUGCUGGCUCUGUAACCCAGCUCCCAGUGGGUCCUCGUCACUGCCUCCUUCCCAGGGACCAGCACCUUCAAGCGCUCCAGGACCAUGAGGGCAAGAGGGGGACCCUGCCAGAGAGCUUCCUGGCUCUGGGGAGACCCAGGUGGGAUUUGGCGGUGAGGCGUCGGAGGACUUGGAUGAUCUCUUGGAAGUCAUGGGACCUCUUCCCUCGUUCAUCUUGCAAAGCAAAUCCUGUUUCUUGAAAAGCCUUGGAGAACUUGGUUUGGUGGACUCAGGCAUCUCUCUGGCUUCUGAAGAGCCUGAAGCUGGCGUGGACCGUUCCUGUCCCUUUGUUACGCUGUGUCUCUGGAGUGAUGGUGUCCUUCCCCACCCCACCAAGCAUGCUCAGUGCCUUUUGGUUUCACCUUCCCUCUAUUUGCCCCUUCCUUCCCCCAGUGUCAAUUACACUGCGUCUUGGUUUUUAUCAAAUUUGCCAUGACAUUUCAUCUGGGUGGUCUGAAUAUUAAAGCUCUUCAUUUCUGGAGAUAGGGCAGCAGGUGACUCUUCUACUGGGGCUGACUUGUCCAGAAGGGGACAGUCAAUGUGCAAUACAGAACCUUCCCUCCCCUGACACUCCCCGGUUCGCCACCAUCUCCAGAACCACCAGCAGGGCUCCCUGAGCUCUCAAGGAGAUGCCGCCAUCGCCGGGAGGCUUGGAGGACCCUUCCUCCCCAUCCUCGGAGACGGCUCUUGGAGGAGCGGCUUGGUCAGAAGACAGGGUGUGAGUGAGACAGCCGGGGCACAGGUUGGGUUUGCCAAAUGCCUAAUUACCAGGCCAGGAAUAGUGCCAACAAGCCACACGAGUGUUCUAGCCAGCUUCCCUCACCCAGUGUCUUGAGCAGACGUCUGCUGUAAUUACUGCCUCGCCAUUCUGCCCCUGGACCCUUCUCUCCAGACCAGGGAGACGUCCCUCCCUAGGAAUAACACAUCACUCCAAGUCCCCACCAGCUCUGCCUUCCCCUGCCUGGCUCUCAGGGUGACGCCACCCAUGGAGAUUUAAUGAGCGUGGGCCUGGACCCUCCCCAGAUUGCUGCCAGGUGGCCCCUCCCCAAGCCUCAAAGGAGCCUUUGCUGUGGAUGAAGAGGCAGAGGAGGGAGGAGGGAGGCGCUGGAGGGAGGUUCGCCUCGCAGCAGCCCCGGCUCCUGGCUUGCUCUGCCCUGGCUGCUGCAGGGCCUUUUCUACCCUCGUGGGCAUCUGCUGCCUGAUGGAUCAAGUGCUUUCUCUUUUAUACUGCCCGCCUCAUCCCAGUGUGCUCCUCAGGUCCAGUCAGCCAGCUGCGAACAGCUGGCUGGGAGCUGUUGCUAUGGCUUUGGGCUUAUGCGCCGCUCCUGGGAGCUGCUGAAAUCGGAGAUAAGAUGUGUUGCCUCCCACUGCAAAAGAGCUGCCCCCUUCCCAUGGGGUGGGGUUGGGGUGGGGCCGGGGUCCUCCUGCCUCCCUCCAGAGCUCAGCAUAGCUCAGCGAGAUCCCUGCCUCCCACUCUCUGAGCCUUUUUCUCCCCAGGGCAUAGCUCCUGCUGAUCUUCCAGAACUGGCCUCUGUUGGUCUAGUGCUCUGAGGGAGACCUCACUGUUGUGAUUGAGCUCUAGAGGUCAUUGUAUGAUAACUUAAAACUAUAUAAAUAUUAUUUAAAUCAAACCCAGUGGGGCUUAAAUUGCAAAGUUAGACUCGGGGAGAACGGUGACACCUUCACUCACCUGUUCCCUUCACACACCGAGCCCUCCUGUGCUGGACCUUGUUAAUGUCCAUCACCCGCUUACCAUGCGCCAGACACACAGAAUGGAAUGGCAUGCGCUUAAAUACACAGCCUACCAUGACAGGGAGUGACGUGGGGAAAGACAGGCCACACAGAGAGAGCAGAUUAAAAGAAGAAGGAUUUUGUCCAGAAAUACUUAAAAAAUGUUAUUUCCCACAUUCCUCCUGGUUUCCAAGAGGUUCUGGGAGGGGCAUGCCUAAUCAGACUGGGUAAUUGGGUUUCUGGCUGCAGAUUAAUCAAAGAAGCAGAAGUCAGCCAGGAGUAGCAGGAGAUGGGCAGAGAAAACUGGGGCGCACUCAGCGCUGAAAGGCUUAGUCAUCUCAAGAGGUAUUUGUGGCCGAUUGGGAGCAAUUUGCUUCUUUGUGCAUAUAUAUAUAUAUAUAUUUCUUAAAUGAAGCUGCUUUCUGGUGUUUUAUUUCUAAAAGUCCCUUAUGCCCCACUUUGCACAGCACUGAUCUUAAGGCAGAUCACAAUCUGUGACUUGGGGCCAGGCUGGACAUUUCCUGAGACAGAGUUUGGCUUUAGUUCAGAUUUCAAGCUGCGGGCUUUGGGACUGGCAGAAGGCAAAACUCAGCCACCCCACAGGACUUGGGAGGCCUCCAGGCUGUGUUCCCAUUCAGGACCCUCUGGCUUUGUUCUAGGUGGUGGUCUGGCUUCCCCAAAGCCAGAGGUUAUUUGGGGAAGGCUGAAUAUCCACACCUAAGUCAUGAGCAUAUCCUCAGUUACUUCCUUCUGGCUUGUUCUCCAAGCUCAUGCACACACACCCCCUUGCUCCAGAAUCACCAGAUGCCAGGCCUGCUGCUUCCGUCUCCGUGGCCCCAGCUAAGGAAGCAGCUGCAGUGGGGGUGCCUCCGUGCCUGGGCUGGGAGCUGCUGGGCUUCCCCUGUGUCCCCAGCCGUGAGGCAGCUGGUGCGCACUCCAGCUGGGCUGCAGGCAGCUCUGGGAUGGCAUAGGGUAGGCGCUCCUUGACGGGCUAGUGUGAAACAGGCAGUCCUCUUGGCCACCUGGCUGGCCCUUCUGGGAACAGUCCUCUUCUUGGCUGGGUGGAUGGGGACAGCUGCUGGCACAGGAAAGAGAGGGGACCCAGGUGAAGCUUGGGAAAUUGCUGGAGCCAGCUCUAAGCAGGGAAUUCACUGGGGAGGUUUUCAGGAAGAAAUCGUUGUUCUGCCUUUGUGAAAGGCCAGGUGUGUCCACGGUGGCCAGUCACACAAGCUUCUCAAAGCCAAGAGCCAUCAGAGGCUGCUGCUUCUCUUUCUCAGGCUUUGGGGAAAGGAGUGUCCUCUCUGCUACCACUUGGCUCCGAGCGUCAGAGUGGGUGAAACUCUAUAAGCAUUGGAACUUUUCUCCCCUUUCCUUGAUGGACCAACAGUGCCCCCUGCAAUCUCACCCUUUAACUUUCGGAUUGAUUUCCUUUCCUGAUCAGACAUCUGUGUGGCCCCUAUAAGAAGGAAAAGAAUAAGCACCUACUAUGUGCCAGGCACUGUGUUAGGCACUUUUAUAUAUAUACCCUCUUUAGGAUGAGACUUAGAGAUGAGGGCAACCCUUAUGAAAGGCCCCCAAGUAAUGGGUAAACAAAAACACUUGGAGGUGAGAAGGUCUUUCUUCAAAGAUCCAAGGCAACAUUGCCUUCAGUCCGAGGUUUGUUUCAAAGACUCAUCCCCUGCAAUUUCCUCUCACCUCUGAACUUCUUUCCCCUCUACCUUGUGAUGUGCUCCUUUGCGUUCCUUUGAUGGUUGGAGGGGUAACCACAGUCCUUAUAGAAUUUGUGGACCAAUAGGAUGUGGUGUGUGUAACUUUCUUUUAAAAGCUUAAGGGGUCUUGCUGCUUUCUGCUCAUUGGGUCUUCUUGGCGUUCAUCUGAAAAGCCAGCAUCUCACUAUUUAUUGACAGGUUGGGGUGUGUGUGUGUGUGUGUGUGUGUGUGUGUGUGUACAUUUCCAGGUGUGCCCAUGUCCUCCUGCUGCUUUUAAAAAGGAAGCCCAGUCAUCCCCCUACUAAUUUGGCAUCUUCCCAUGCUUCUAGUGUUUUGGCCAUCCAUCACUAAAGGGUUGUAAUUUUCCAGUGCUGACAUGUUCAGGAGGGGCUGGGUCAAAUUUUGAGCGGGGUAUGGGAAGGGGAGAGGGAGAAGAAAUUGACAUUUAUUUUAUUAUUUAUUUUAAAUGUUUACAUCUUCGUGUUGUACCAAGACCGAAUAGAAACAGAUAGCAUUAAAAUACUCAGUUCUUCUCUCCCUCUCUUUCUUCCUUAUUUUUUUUUUAAAUUUAGGCUAAUGAUGCUUUUUUGUUUCUAAAAGGAUUUGUGACUUGUGCUGUGUAAACUGUAUAAAAAGAUUCUGUUUUUAAAGAUGGAUUGUCAUUCCUCUGGGGACGGUGGUCACCGAGAAGUCUACAUUGUAAGAGAAUGCAACGAAAGAUCCUGCCCUGUUCCUCAAAAAUUAUUUUCUCUGUAUGAUUAAAAGUUUAUUCCAUUGAUUUUAGUUUGUGGUUACUUGAUGUCAAGGAAGAAAAUAGUCACCUUUGUAUAAAGAAUAGGUAUCAGGGUGUCUUUUCUGCAGUGGGAGAUGUAUAUAAAGUAUUUUGGUAUAUAGUGGAAAAUCGUAAGCUUUGUGCUUCUGUAUUUGAGAUAUGUCAAUGAUGUGGAGUCAAGUCUGCUAUGAUAUCCUGGAGGCAAACAAGUAGUGCAAGAUUCCCAUAGCUCUAUGGGGAAUUUAAUUACCUUUCCGAGCACCUUUUUUCUUUUUUUUAAGUAUUGGUGAAAUGGUCUUGUUGGAAAGGCUUCUAAAUAGGCCUCUCCAGGCAGGACCAUGAGCUCAAAAAUCUUUGUACAUUUUUGAAAAUUGAGGAGUAGCUCUGCUCUGAAGCAUCUCUGAUGGUGUUUGUUGUUGUUGUUUCAUUAUUUUACUGUAAUACAAGCCUACAGUAUUUGCACUAAAGAAAGCUUGUUAGAAAAAGCUUGCUGCUAUGGAAGAAAGAACAUAUUAAAACGUUUUUUUCCUUUGC